UCCCUCUCAAACAGUCUCAGAUAUGAGAGAGAGAGAGAGAGAGAGAGAGAGAGAGUUGCACAACCCCCUUUUUCUCAACUCCCUCGCUCAUUUAUAUCUCACCGAGACCUUCUCCUCUCUUUGUCCUUCUCACCAUCAAAACCAGCUCCUGAGGAUCCCGGCCACAGUUGAGAGAGAGUUAAUGGAUCGGAGGUGUUGCAGAGAUACGUGCAUUGGAAGGAGACGAGAGGUAGUAUUGUCAAACAAAAAAAUGUCACGAAGACCGAGGAGAAUUAAUAGAAGGGUGAUGAUCAGUAGUGGUGGGCAUCGUCUUGGUUCGUCCAUCCGAAUGAAGGUGAGGAGAUUGCAGAAGCUAAUCCCAGGUGGUCGAGGGCUGCAGCCCAAUCGCCUUUUCCUUCGCACCGCCGAUUACAUCUUGCAUUUGAGGUUUCAACUUCACGUUCUGCAAGCUCUUUCCAACUUGUACAUUCCCUGAUCAUCAUCAUCAUCAUAUUCAUCCAUCCCCCUACACCAAACUAUAUUGUUUUUUUUACUCUCUCUCUCUCUCUCUCUCUCCCCCCACCCCUUUACUUUUCAUUCUUCACAUAUUGAUGUUAAUGGUUGUUAUUUUUUAUUUCCUAAAGAUAUUCAUUCCUGUGUUAUUGGUGAUGAUAUCAGCUAUCUAUAAAUGUUGCUUAAUUCCAUUUUUGUUAGCUCUAAAA